CCCAGGAAGAAGUGAGGCAGGAGAGGGAUGGGAGUUUGUUGAAUGGGCAGUUGCCUCCCUCCAACCUGCGCAUGAUUUCUCCAUUCCCAUAGCCGAACCGCCCUUUCAUUUACCUUCGUCGCAAACGCAUGCAGUAACUUCAACACUCCCUGUCUUGAAACUGAGGAAUGUUGUUGUUAUUAUUAUUAUUAUUAUUAUUAUUACUCCGUAUUAUGAAGUAUGUUAAGAUCUGUUCCCUUCGUCCUGCUUAUGUUGUUAGAACUUUGAAUCUCGCGGCUGUGAUGAUAUGGUUUUCUGUGUUUCCUCUUCCUGGGCUGUCUAAUUUUGAGGCGUUUGGUUAACCGAUCCGUAUCUUGGCGGGGCAACUCGGAAACGGAAACGGUUGUUGCAGCCAUGGCGGUUUCGGCUCCCAUUUCCCUCUAGAAACACAGAUCUGAGCCUCUAAAAAGGAAGUGUCUUUUAAAUUCAAUUCCUCAAAAAACAGAGUCGUAUUUAAUUUUUCUAUGGAGUAGUAGUUUCACCCCUGCAUAGGCUCUUCUUUUCUCUGCAAUAUAUGUUUUUUUUUUCUUUUCAAUCUUAACAGAUCUGAUCAUCUGAGGCCUUCCCUGAUUUCUUUGAAAUCGAUCUGCAGUUCUGUAUAUACCUUUUCUGUGUGUUGUCCGAGUUUUUUUCAAGCCUACACACGUUCAUUCUUCUUCAGAGUACGGCCACAUCAUUAUCUUCAACAAAUUAAUAUUUCACGGCAACCUUUUUAUCAGAGCAUGCUGCAUGUAAUUAAGUAUUGUAUUUCCUAUAAAUUCGCAAGGUUUGGCCAAAAUAAAAAGCAACCUUUUCAUCCAUUAGUUCUCUAACCACUUCGCUGAGUUCAUUUGUAAAUAAAAUGGAGUUCGGUUGUUCCAAAAAUGGAGUUAGGCUCUGUAAAAAUGGAGCUAGGCUGUUUUUAUUUGGACUGAAAUUUUUUAGGUUUACUUUGUCAAAGUUGGUUUGAACUGUUUUAGUCCGGUAGAUGUAUGAAAAUUAAUUUUUAUGUGUGGAUUUAGCACGGAGACCGCAAGCAUAACGAAAUAUGAAUUUAUGUUUAUAUGUUUAGAUUAGAUCACUCAGCACUCAUAUGAUAGAGAUAAGCAGUACAACGUAUAAUAAAUUUCAACUUUGUAUGAAUUUAUGUUUAUAUGUUUAAAUUUCACAAUGUUUUAUUUCCUUCACAUUCUCUCUCAAAUAUUCCUGAAGUUCAUGCUGCAGUGUGGCCUCCGUGUAUUAUCAUUGCAUAAUGUGCGAGACAAGUUGCUAUAUAUCUGUAUGCUCUUUAGAGAAUAGUACUAAUAAUUUUUAUAAUACAUAUCUGAUAUUUAUAGUUGAAAUAUAUUUCAUUUUGAGUUAAAGCUUAUACUCUUUAUAAAUUCAUAACCACCAAAUGUAUAGUUUAGACUUAUAAUUUUUUAUCAAGCAAUUGCAGAGGCAUCACUUUCUUUUCUACACUACAUACACUUGAGAAUCUCUGGAUUAUUGAACUCCAUGUUGGGGUAGAAGCUGUCUGUAGAAGCUUUGCUGUAAAGGUUGGUGGUGAUCUUGCAAUAUCACCAUUCCUGUAUAUUCUUAUACUAUUCUGAGAUGCCUUUCAUUCUGCUGGUCUAAGGGGCGAUGAUAUAAGAUAUUUAGUCCUACCCAUUUAUUUUUUGGCAAUUGAUUGGGAAUGGAUGAUAUCUGACCCGUAUUUUGGCAGGGCAACACUCAAUAUCGUGAGCAUUGAUGUUUGCAGCCAUGGCGGCGUCACAAAUUCCUUUGGCUAAUCAUAAAGUUUUUUUGGGCCUCUCUUGAAAAAUAGUGUGUUGUAAUACUGUAAUUGUUUAAAAAUUCCGACAAGUUGAAUAUCUGCUAUAUGUUUAAUUAUUUAUUCUCUUAUGUCUGUCUUUUCGUACCAAAAGCUACUCUUAGAUUGGUUUGAUGUCGUGGAUAAUGAGGCUUUAUUUUGGACUCUGAGAGAGGUAAAUGAGUUUUAUGGGUGGUUGCUCCCUCUCUUUGUUGUUUUUUAAGCCAAUGAUUAUCCCCGAAAACUGUGAUCAAGGAGAAGCCCAACAACCCUUGAGGAUGAUGAGAUCAUGAUGAGAUGAACUCUAGCUAUAAUUGGCCCAAAUAUUUGAUCCGGUCCAAUUCAUCCGAUUUACCAUCUCUCAACCAAACGGUCGUACGCUAUAUUGCUCUCUCCGCUUCCAUCUCCUCCCCGAUCCGGUACACCACGCCGUUCGUCUACAUAUAUUAUUUUAUCUUAUCAGCAGUGAAGUGAAUUGAUCAAGCUUAGAGGGUGUUGUUGAGGUUCAUUCUUUAUCUGUUCUUUCAUUUAAACCGUUAAACGAUGUUUAAUUUUCUAAAUUAAGGAGUUGUAAUAAGCUGUUGCUUAAUGACCAAGCAAUCUGCUAGCUGUGUUGCCUUCAUACGGAGGAGAGCCAAAACCUGCAGAUGAAUUGCAAGCACGUGUCACAUCAUCUCAUGAUGACACCACAAUGGUGUCAUAUUGAUGUCAUCAUUGUCAGGUGGGAACAGUUAUCGCGGGUGGUCCAGCUUUUAUAUAAUGAGGCUGUGAUGAUUCCUGGCUACUUAUGUUGGUGCAUUUGGACAGCUCAAUCUGUAUCUUGGCAGGGUAAGCCGGGAUGGCCCGCUUAUUGCAACCAUGGCAGUUUGGGCUUUUCACACUGGCUGCUGAAAACACAGGAUCUGAGCCUUUACAAAAGAGUUACCUCUCCCAAACAGGCUCUUAAAAAAUUGGCCGGGCAACACUCAAUCUCAUGAGCAUUGGUGUUUGCAGCCAUGGCGGCGUCACUAAUUCCUCGGCUAAUACUACAUCUAUCCCCAUUACUGUAAUGGGCAUGAAUGACAUUUGACCCGUAUCUUGGCCAGGCAACACUCGAUCUCAUGAGUAUUGGUGUUUGCAGCCAUGGUGCCAUCACAAAUUCCUCGGCUAAUAAUACAUCUAUCCCCAUUACAUGGAUACAAGAGGAGGUAGUGUGGUUGCUAGAAAUGUGAGUUUAUGUGGUGGAUAUUGAAUUGAUUGGUGAGAAUAAAGUAUGAACGAUUUAAAAUCAUACACAUUUUCAAAUUUGGUAUGUACAAUCGUUGUGGGAUGCACUACAAGGGAAAAAUGAGACAAUCUCAGUGGGACAAAUGGAGUAAUAAAUCGUCUUUAUGAGCCUCUAUCCUGAAAGCCGAAGUGUUUUGUGAUUGUCUCUUUACCAAAUUCCUACAAGUUGAAUACUUGCUAAUUGUUUAUUUAUUCAUUCAUUCACUUAAGAAUGUCUUUCCAAACCAAAAUCUACAAUCAGAUUGGUUUGAUGUCGUGGACAAUGAGGCUUCAUUUGGACCCAGAGAGGUAAAUGAGUUUUAUGGGUGGUUGCUCCCUCUCUUUGUUUUUUUUAAGCCAAUGAUUAUCCCCGAAAAUUGUGAUUAAUGAGAAGCUCAACAACCCUUGAGGAUGAUGAUAUGAUGAUGAUGGAUCACAGAAAGGAUUAGAGUUUGCCUUGCCCCAAAUGUAGAACACAUUUUUUUAAUAUUUGAAACAUGUCUCGGUGCCUGUUUUGUACGCUGAAAAUUGGUUCAAUCGGUUGAAAUUUCCAAAAUUAUGUUUGAAAUUUGAAAUAGCUGAAUUGAUUGAAUCAAAUGAAUUAUGAAAAUAUUAUAUAUGAAGUAUAUUUUAUAAUUAAAAGAAACAUAAAUUUUAUAAAGAAAAUCAUAGAUAACCCAUUUCACCACUUAAAUUACAAAAGUUCCUCAAGCAAUUCUUAUUUUGAUUAUUAUUGCACAAUCCAGCACGUGAAAUUAUAAGAUAAGCGUUUGCUAAAAGAUUCAUUGAAAAGUCUGAAUGGUUGAUAAAUUGAAAAAUGUGUUACCAAAUGGGCUCUUAUUAUUGCGUGAGAAUAUUUGACAAUGUGUGGUGAUUGUUGAAUCAACUAGAGCUGGGCUUGAUUCUUGGGAAGAGUACUUUGACAGUUUGACAUAAUAUUUUAGCUGGCUCAAUAGUACUCCGUAUUCUAGAGUGUUGUUGGUUCUUCUUUUGGAAAGUGGAGCCAUUGAUGACUAGCAGGUAUAUUUCUUUUGAGUUAUUAACAUCCCAUUUCAUAUUUUUUUUGAGUUUGUUUGUAUUGUGUAUUUCUUUUCUUUCAAUUUCAUUCUACAACUUUUAUGCCCAUAAUAACAUACAUACAUAUGUUUCCUAGUAUUUGCAAGUGUUAUUCGGUGGUUUAGUUAUUAAAAAUAUUUUUGAAAAGAUUUUUACCUGGUAACACUUUCUCAAAAAUGUAUAAUAUUAUCAUAUUAUAUUAUUAUAAUACAAGCAUAAAUUGUUAUUGUUUUAUGUUCCAUUUCUGUUUUUUAUUGAAUAAUUAUUCAAGACUGAAAAGCAGAGAAUUAGAAAAGGUAAGAGUAAUGAAUUUAUUUUUAAUGUCAUAUGAGUGCUAUAUUAUUUAAUCCAAUUAAAUUUUAAAAAAUUGUGCUCCCUGUUCAAUGUAUUUUCAUGUUCUCCUUUAUAAUUAUCUAAAAAUAAUGAUAACUUUUCUAAUUUCAACACUGUUAACUGUGUACUCAUUCUUCAAUCACCUUCCUUUCUCUUUUUCUUUGUAGAUAAAUGAUUAGGUAAUACUGGCUGCACUUGAUAGUCAGUUUUGGAAAGGUAAAGACGUAAAGUAGAUUUUCGAAAGUAAGCAACUUACUGUGUUGACUACUUUGUAGUGAAUAUAGUAGCAGUUUCACCUUGAUUGUGAUUCAUCAACUUUGUUGGAUAGCUCAUUAGUAAGCGAGUUUGGGUUUCUGAUAGGGUGCUUGGCCCAUCUAUCUGCUACUUUUCAAAAAAUAUGUAACCAACAACCCUUGUGUGUAUGAGGAGGCUGUGAUGAUUCCUGGCUACUGAUGUUGGUGCAUUUGGACAGCCCAAUCUGUAUCUUGGCAGGGCAAUUCGGAAUGGCUCGUUUUUUGCAGCCAUGGCAGUUUGGGCUGUUCACACUGGCUGCUGAAAACACAUAAUCUGAGCCUCACUAAAAGAGUUACCUCUCCCAAACAGGAUCUUAAAGCAAUGUCAUAAACAAUGGAUGAAAGGUCAUUAAAAAAGAGGCGGCUCCAGAGGUGAUUUUGAGGUAUCAAUUCUAUAUCUUGAUUUUUAUUUGCUCUUAAAAGAAAAUGGUCCAAGUUGUUUGAUUUAAUUCUGUUUGAUAACUCUGUGACUAAUUAAUGAUAAAACCUACAUACUUUCUGUCAAAUGCUAUUCAAUGCAACCUUUCAAAAAAGUUCUUUUAUUUUGAAAAAAAGUUCUUAAAAAUUGUGUACCAAAGACAUGGUUAAAAAGCUUUUAUAAAUUUUUGAAUGGUACAAAACCUAAAUCCUGAAUGCACAUGCAAGGCCAUAAGUGUUCAGAAUUGGUCAGAGGCAAGCCAUGAAGGGCAGUUGUAGCCCAAGAAGAAGCGAGGCAGGAGAGGGAUGGGAGUUUCUUUAAAGGGCAGUUGCCUCCCUCCAACCUGCACAUGAUUUCUCCAAUCCCCUCACCGAGCCACCCUUUCAUCAUAGCAAUCGCAAGCAGCUAGGAUGUUUUACUAGACUAGAAAUUUCUGGUUUGACCUAUUUAAAUCUGGUCUGAACUGGUCUGGUUUGGUUUGGUUUGAAAGAUAUAUGGUAUGUGUAUUUUAUAACUUUUCAAGUAUGGACUGGUCUGUUAAAGUGUGUUCUUGUUUCUUUAAGUCUGGUCUGGACCGGUUUUUUUUUUUUGCAAAACAAACUGGUCUGGUCUCUUUUAAGUGUUGUUUGAUCUAGUCUGGUCUGGGAUUCAAAUAAGCUCAAGUGUAAACAUCCAUAACUUCAACACUCCCCUUCUUGAAACUGAGGAAUGUCGUCGUCAUCACCAUCAUUUUCUUCUUCACCAUCACCAUCACUAUCACUCCGCAAUACGUAGUAUCUUACAAUUUGUUCUGUGUCCUGCUUAUGUUGUUAGACUUGUGAAUCUAGUGGCUGUGAUGGUGUGGUUUUCUGUGUUUCCUCUUUCUUUGCUGGCUAAUUUGAGGUGUUUGGAGAACCUGAUACAUAUCUUGGUGGGGCAACCCGGAAAUCAAACCAGUUGUUGCAACCAUGGCGGUUCCGGCUUCCAUUUCCCUCUAGAAACACAGAUUUGGGCCAAAAAUGGAAGCUUCUUUUAAAUUCAAUUCCACAAAAGCAGAGUUCUUUUAGAUUCUGCUACUACUGGGUCCUAUUUUCUCUGCAACAUAUGAAUUUUUCCAAGCUCAACAGAUCUGAGAUAUUCCCUAGUUCCUUAGAAACUGAUAUGCACUUAUUCAAAGGAAUUGAGCAUUCUAAUCCACAACAAAUAAUUAUUUGCCAGUUUCAUAAUAAUUCCAUAACGGCAACCUUUUCAUCAUAGCAUAUAAUCAAGCAUUAUAUUUCUAUGUAUAUGUUCGUAAGGCUUGGCCAAAAUAAAAAAGCAACCUUAUCAUCCAUUAAUUUUUUGAAUCACUUCCCCGAGUUGUUUUUGCAUGUAAAACGGACUUAAACCCAUGCACGAAGUAUAUGAAGCAUACAGAGAGAGCAAUACACGUAGAUGAUAAUGAUUAUAUAUGGUUAGAUUGUAUACACGUAGUACUCAAUGGAGAUAAACAAUAUUCUAAAUUUCAACUAAUAAUAUUUAAAAUAUGUAGUUCCCAACAAUCUUUAAUUUUCCUUGACAUUCUCUCUACUCCCAAAUAUUCAUUGAAGUUCAUGCUGCAGUGUGGCCCCAAUGUAUACUGCAUAGUUUGCCACACAAGGAGGGUAUUUUUUGAAAUGAUUAUCUGAGAUUUAUAAAGGAGGAAGAUAUUUCAUUUUUUGAAAUGGAUUGUACUCUUCACAUAUUCCUAACCACUAAAUGCAUAUUUCGGGCUUAAUUUUACAUCAUACUAUUUCAGUGGCAUCACUUUCUUUUCCACGCAUUACAUACAUUUGAGAAUGCUAUAUUCUCAGCUCUUUGGAGAUGCCUUUAGUUCUGCAGGUACACAGGGCAAUGCUAAUUAGUCAUCCAUUUAGUUUUUGGCAAUUUAUUGGGCAUGGAUGACAUCUAAACCGUAUCUUGGCAGGGCAACACAAUCUCAUGAGCAUUGAUUUUUGCAGCCAUGGCGGCAUCACGAAUUCCCUUUGUUAAUACUUAAUACUACAUUUUUUCUCGAACAUUGGUACAUGAGAAGGUGGUAUGAUUGCAAAGAAAAAAUGGGGAUGUUAAAGAAGAGGUGUUUGUGGAAAUGCCUAAACCAUCUUCAGAAUCUAAAGAAUCUGGGGGAGACAGGUCGCUUCUGUUUAAUGAGUUGAUUCAUCUAGAACUCUUAAGACUUCUCAUGCAAGGAAAAAUGGAACUACCAGCUGAAGAACAAGUUUAACUGCUUGUACUAAUAGCCUUGAUCAGUCUAAGGCUGGCAAGUCUUGUUCUGCUAAUGGUACUCCGAGGCAUUGAAAGGAACUGGUGAAAAGUCCAAACCCAUAACUGAUCAUGUGCAUUGUAAGGAGGAAGAGAAUUCCAAUUCUACAGCUUCAUCUGCUACUCCUCAAGGACAGCGGAGAAUGAAUGGUUCUGGAUUUUCCUUGGAUCGAAUAGCGUGCUAAAAAACGAAAAGAGUUCGCCACAAAGCUAGAAGAGAAGACACAGGAAGAGGAAAAGAGCAAUUUGCAGGCAAAAUCUAAAGAAAGCCGACAUAAAGCAGCUAAGAAAAGAGCUUGACUUUUAAAGCUACUCCAAUGCUAAGCUUCUACAAGGAACCUCCUCCAAAACUUGAACUGAAAAAGAGGCUCACGAAUCGCCCCAUAUCUCUUAAGAUUGGGAGGAACAAGUCAUCUGCAUCACAAGCAACCAGCGGUUCAGAAAGUCUUGGACCCAAGACUGUUAAAAACCCAGGAAAGUCUCCUUGGGCUAUACAAGCAAUCAGCAAUAAGAAUGGUGUGACCUCGUCAAAAGGGAGAAGAAUGAAUCUCCCGGAUGAAAAUCAUUCUCAUCAAUCUUCAGAGGCCAAACAUGGAACAAAGAGCUAUGAUGAGGAGAAACCUUGUCCUGACCAAACUGAAGUGGAUUUAGGAAUAGACAAUGUGGAACGUCUUCCCGCUUCAAAUACAGUCUAGGUUGAAGAUCCCAAGUUUAACUUUACAUGUUUAUUGUACUUGUUUGUUUGUAUUUUCCAUAGGCUUUUAUUAAUGUACAUGAUUUCCCAAUGAAACUGCAAAUACAGUGCUUGCUUGUAUCAGUUUUAUGACUGCAAAUACCUGAAUGACUAACUUGUUGAUUUCCAAAAUGCAACUAUAUAAGUUUUAAAAUGUACUAGUAUAUG